AUGUCGAAUUUAAGAAAAACAGUUGUGUCAGUCUUCAAAUUCCAUGGAUUUACUUUAAAAGAAGAUGCAUGUAAAUUUUUAAUAGAGCAAUUGGAUCCAUUUAAGGACAAUGAAACAGAAAUUGAUGAUUGGUUAAACAAAAUAAUUGAAGUGCUUCAAAAUAAAUCUCUAGAAGUUGCUUGUGUCAGGAAAGAAGAUAUAGAGAGUGUACUCAACGAUUGUGCAAAGUCUCUAGUGGAUUGUGUUGAAUCUGUUGUAAGUGUAAUAAAUGCAUUUGAAAUUCCAAGAUUUUACUUUAGUAUUGAAAGGAAAAAAUUUAUGCCUGUAACUGGUGGAAAGGAAAUAAAACUUUUUGACAGUGCUUAUCGAAAAAGUUUUUUAUAUAGAGAAAGAUACACAAUUCUACUCCAUCGGACCAGUCGUCAUGAAGUAUUUGCUCCAGCAGCUAUGGGCUUGAGUGGGAACAGGGGUACCAAAAAAGGAUCAUUGCACACAGUGGAAUAUUUUCUUAGUUCAUCAAAGAGAAUUGACUCUUGUGUGUGUCUGGGAUUACUUGCAAAAUUCCAAGAAAAUCAGUUUUUUUUGGAAGAUCCAACUGGUAUUCUGAAAUUGGAUAUAAGUGAAGCCAAAUACCAAGCAGGACUCUACACAGAGAAUUGUUUUGUUCUUGUUGAAGGAUUUUAUGAAGAUUCUGUGUUUCAUGUCAGUAGCAUAGGUUUACCACCUGCAGAAACUUCUAAAAGUAGUUAUACUCAUUUUAACAAUGUAAAUGUAUUUGGUGGUCCAUCACCUGUGAGUCUAAAGACAUCUUCAAAGCUCCUUAAGUAUGAGAAAGAUAAUCCUGAUGAUAUGAUAGUGUUUAUUUCAGAUGUAUGGUUAGAUGACAGGAAAGUCAUGGAUAAAUUAUGGGCUCUUUUUCGUGGUUACUCAGAAGUACCUCCAGUUGCAUUUGUAUUGAUGGGAAAUUUUUUAUCAUCUCAAUAUCGCAACUUCCAAAGUCAGACUUUGAAAUCUAAAUUUAAGGCUUUGGCAGAUGAAUUAGUUGCUUUCCCAGAAUUAAUUAAUAAGAGUAAGUUCAUAUUUGUACCUGGUCCUGUGGAUUGUGGUGCUGUAAAUAUUCUUCCUCGACCUCCUCUUCCUGAAUGGGUUACUGAAGAGUUCCGCAAAGUAAUUCCUUCAGCUGUGUUUACUACAAAUCCUUGUCGUAUUCAGUACUGUACUAAAGAAAUAGUUGUAAUUCGAGAAGAUAUAGUGACAAAAAUGUGUAGAAAUACAAUUAAUUUCCCCACUGCAGGAAAUAUUCAUGAUCAUUUUGGAAAAACAAUUGUUUGUCAAGCUCAUCUAGCUCCUCUUCCAAUAAAUGUUUGCCCUAUGUAUUGGUCAUAUGAUACUGCUUUACGUUUAUUUCCUUUACCAGAUCUAGUAGUGACUGGAGAUAAAUUUGCUCCCUUUACUACUCAGUUUAUGGAGUGUCAGAUUAUCAAUCCUGGUUCUUUUGCUAGAUGUGAUUUCUCAUUCAAAGUGUAUGUACCAGCACAGCAACAAGUAGAGGAUAGUCAAAUCCCUGAUGAAUAA